AUGUAUGUUCUCCGACUGACGCAGCUUGCCGCCCCCCGCAUGAGCUACUGGCCGAUGGUCGCCGAUGCACUCCGUAAAGACUGGCUGCCGCGACUGCUGAAUGCGUCCGAACUCGCACGCACAAACCCCGACGAUUUUUGGUUUACUUAUAAUGAUACGGUGCUGCGAUGGCGGUGGCCGAUCGGGCUUGCGUACGACUUCUGCCAUGCACGGACUCUAGCGAGCGACGGCCAGGCGCCGAUCCCAUGGUCAAUUACGGUGCACCUAUCGCAGGCCAAGCCGGAUACUAAAGCGUCGCUCGACCAGUGCCAUGCGUCGUACAUGGCGCGACUUAAAGAGGCCGACUAUCUCUUGUGGGGAAGCUGCAAACGCACGCUCGAGCUCCCUCGCGAGCAGCAAGAUCGGCUGUGGAAGAGUGUAUGUGCCCAUGAGUGCGACGCCUAUAACGAUGUAAUGCACACGCUCCGAGGCGACUGGCGCGACGAUGCGCUUGAUCCUAGCGCGGCCGUGUCCGUGCGCCGCCUUCCGCUCAGUUUCUACGUGGCCCCCCAUGGCGCGCCCGUCGUCCAAGAGCCCAUGCCGCCUAUGCACGACGAAAACACGCCUACCACGCUCCGUAUGGCGCUCGAGCGCUCCUUUCCCGCCCGCCCCCCCCCGACGGCCCUCUUGCACGGCAUUGUUCUGCCGCCCGAUACCCCCCUUGCCUAUCUUACGCGGUCGAUGAGCUACCUGGACGGCUGGCUCCAUAUCAUAGUCAUGGACACAUAG